UCUCGCUCAAUUGUUCUUCCUUUAUUGCCCUCUCCUCUUUGCUUACUCCGUGUGUUCUGCACCAGUUUGCUGCUGGUGCCCAUCACAUCUUCUUACGCAUCCUCUUUAUCUACACCCAUAAUCGUAACGUGCAGAGUUCUAUCGAUAAUGGCUCAGCAAGUUGAAGAAAUUGAGCAAGACCUUUCUCAUAUCCAUUGGUCAUGGCCAGAAGCUAUAGCGGCCAAUCCUGCAAGAUCGCUAGCCACUCCUGAUCUAGCGAUGGAUUACUUUGCAUAUUCUCCGUUUUGGGACGCGAAAUCUAAUAAUAAUGUGUUGCGAACUCAAAGGCGCAUAGAGAAUCCGGCGUAUGGACAUGCAGAGGAAAAGGUCGAACUUAAUGCCUUUAUGUCUGGUUUCGAAUACGUCGUGGCACAUUCUCAACCUCCCGACCUAUUUGUGAUUCAUAGGCGCGAAGUUGAGUCGUCAGGAAAACGUGAUAGAGUCACUGGCGCAUGGUUCAUACUCCAUGAGAAGAUCUAUCAAUGUCCGACGUUGUUCGAUGUGAUGUCUACACGAUUAAAAAAUGCGACGAGCCUCAUCUCGAAGACGUUGAGCACCCUGUCAGAGAAUCGUCCUCCAGCCAAUCCGCGUACUACCACACUUUGGCGCUCUAUUCCCUCUGUGACGUCUAAUCAACCUGAUGGCACACAACCUUCCUCUUUAGACCAGGCAGAAAAGCCGGAUGAAGGAAAGAAAGAUGACAGCCUCAAUGGCAGCAGUCCAUUAGAUGGAUCUGACGGGAAGGCAUCACCAGCCGGUCCGGACUGGCACCUUUUCCACGCUUUGCAAGCUACAAGGGCUUCUCUUGUCUCCCUCGAGACUCUUGCCAAGACACCUACCCAAACAACCGAUCCCAGAGAAGAGCUGAAUAACAUAGAGAUCGCAAUGGAUAAUCAAUUCGGUGGUCAAAAUCAGAGCCUGUCUGGCAAGGGCCCGAAUGUCAAGGGAGGGGCUGCAGCUGUGAAAAAUAUAUCCGUACCUUUCGUCCCCAAACAUAGCGCUGGUCACGCAACUAGUACAACGGGACUUACUCCAUCAAUAUGGGGUGGCUCAGCUUCCUUGGGAGUUUCAACGGCGGCUGUACCAGCGAGAGAAGCGGGCGGGUCACCACUAAAGUGGCCGGGAGGAGAUAAGUCUGCCCCUAUUGCAGGCGCAACUUUAGCUGGACAGACAGGCCGAUGACAGUAAUAAAGGUGCUCUAGGCCAUAAAUCUACUAUAAUUUCAACAAAACAGCCAUUUGUAAGCAUGUAAUGCAUGAUUCAUAUUUAUC